GGCGGACCCGGAAGCGGCGCGGCUGAGUCACGGCGGCGGCGAUGAGGCUGCGGCGGGCGGCGGCGGGCGCGUGAGCCAGGAGCCGGGAGCCCCCCGCCGCCAUCCCGCCGCGUCCUCCCGCCCUCCUUCCUGCCCUGCCCUGCCCUGCCCUGCCGCCACCAUGAUGGAGGAGAUAGACCGGUUCCAGGUGCCCGCCGUGCGCGCUGAGAUGCAGCCGCUGGAUCCAACAGCUGCGUCUAUUUCGGACAGAGAUUGUGAUACGAGAGAGGGAGAGACUGUAGCCAUGAACUAUAAGCCGUCCCCACUCCAAGUGAAAUUAGAGAAGCAGAGGGAGCUGGCUCGGAAGGGCUCCCUGAAGAACGGCAACAUGGGCAGCCCAGUUAAUCAGCAGCCCAAGAAGAACAACGUGAUGGCACGGACAAGGCUCGUCGUUCCCAAUAAGGGCUAUUCGUCAUUAGAUCAGAGUCCAGAUGAAAAGCCACUGGUAGCCCUGGAUACGGACAGUGAUGAUGACUUUGACAUGUCCAGAUAUUCCUCCUCGGGAUACUCAUCAGCUGAGCAGAUCAACCAAGACUUGAACAUCCAGCUGCUAAAGGAUGGGUACCGGUUAGAUGAGAUCCCAGAUGACGAGGACCUCGACCUAAUCCCCCCUAAAUCGGUCAACCCUACCUGCAUGUGUUGCCAAGCCACCUCCUCCACCGCCUGUCACAUCCAGUAGUGAGGCCGGCAGGCUGUGAUCAGUGCUUUCCACUAUAACUGUAAAACUUAACAGCCAUUGCUUCCUCCUAUGGUAGGACGUGCACCUCUUUGUGUUCAUGGAGCCAGGAGAAACCAAAAAAUUCAUUUUAUGAUUGGUUGAUAAGUUAUUUUAAACCAUGGUUAAACAAAAGAGUUAAACUCAAAGUGCCAGGCAGUGCCUGGCAGAACUGACUGGUCCAGGGAGCGGAUGCAGAAGGGCCCAGAGAUACUUCUGGGUUUAUGUAGGCACCAGAGAUGUUUUGUAAGGUGUCAGUUCCAGAAUGGGAAGGAUUGGAUGGGGCUGCAGUUAAUCCUACCCUCUAAAAACAAUCCAUUUGCAAGAUCAGGGGUGAGUGAGGUGUCAGGGGGGUUUGCCUGAGGUCAGUUUGUAAUUAGUUCGCUAAGCCUCAUUUGCCUGCGUAACCAAAAUUACACCAUGACCAGGGCACAGGAAUGGCAAUGGAGCAGGGCAUCCUUUCUUACGGCAAGUCUAGCCAGGAAUAACAUGACACAAUUCAUUCACUUGCAAGAAAGGCAAGAUGGUGGCAUUUCACUGUGAGUCAGUACUAGCUAGAGCUGUGUCACACACCCAAUGCAAUCUACCCUUAGCACCACAUUAAAUUAUCACCAAACACAUCAGAUUUGAUUUGCAAUCCGUCCAUACUCUCAGUAGAUUCAGUCCUUGCCUGAGAAUACCAGAAUCAUGAAUUCAGUUCAGUUGAAUACACUGACUUCAGCUUCUACUUAAUUCCUGCGAGAGCCAUCUGCUUCCAAAAAUCUUAAACUUUGUUCAACUAAGAAAAAAUGAGUCCUGCAUAAGACAGGACUGGAGCUGUACAGUCUGAAGGUCAGUGCUGAAAAAGCUAGUUGAAGAAAGAUAUUUUUUAGAGCUCAGCUAUUGGUGCUCUUGACAGUACAUCUCUUGGUGCCUAUGGGAGAGAUUUGUUAAUGUGCUGGUGUCAGACUUUAGGGGAGUUUUCAGCAACAGAGGGAUUAUGAGCAGAUUCAGCUGAAAAAAGCCGAGUGGAAACUACUGUUUAUUGCAUCUCAGCUCCCUGGUGCACCAAGCUUUGUCUGUUAGAGCUGUCCCACCUCAGGAACAAUUAUGUUUAUUUGAUGCUGGAAUAGUCAGGAAACCUGGUGUUACAUUAGAUUUCUGGACUGAAUUGCCAGUUCACCAACAGAUUGUUUUAAAUGCAAAAUAAUGUCUAGAAUUAGGAAUAUCUCCUUCCCCUGUUCGGUUUUACACUGCUGGCUUCAGAAGGCAUGGGACUCAGGUGAUGGAUGGGCUGGCAUCUUUCUCUGAGGUGAAAUCUUUUGACACAGCCACAACUGUGUCUUUUCCUGCUUAGCCAGGAAGAAAGGCUGCCUGCCUUACAUCAGCGCUCGCUUUAGAGCCUGGUGGAAAGAAAAAGUGAAGGCACUUCUGUUUCCGAUCAGAAUUCCCCUGAGCCACAAGAAAGAGCCUGAUCUCCACCCUGAAGUACAGAUCCCCUGUAUGAAAUUUGCACAUCAUGAGCUGACUUUUUAAGAAGUUCUCUUGGUGAUGAGGAGGACACGUAUUUAACAUCACAUGUUUUUACUCUGUGCAGUGCAAGGCAUGAUGUCAUCUGCAGCAUGAGCAAAAGAGCAGGCAUACAGGGCUCCUGGGCUUUAUUAUUCAGCAGCUAGCUGCAGGCAGCCGUGAAGGCUGUGUUUGCCCCCUCCCCAAAACAGGGACUGUUGCCCUGUCUGCCAGGGAACAGAAAGAAGAUGGAGCAGACUUGUUUACUGAGCAUCUCUGCCUCCUUGUGCAGAAGUGCUGGUUAACUUGCCAACUCCUCUAGGGAGAGAGUGUACCUCUAUUGAAUUCCUCUCACCUUCUCAUCACCUGGCAGUGCUGAGGGGGAAUAUUUCAAAAGUGUUUCUAAAGAAGCACAAAGCUUCAGCUCCCCAAUUCCUUGCUUCUUCUUUUGUGUGCCAGCCUUCCCAUCCAGUGCUAGCUCCGGUGUGAGAUUAGCAAGUUGUCUGCAGUGGGGAGAAGAGCUCUAACAGCACUGUGUGGGAAGAAAAGGUAAAGGGAGGAAAAGCUCACGGAGUCUUUAUUUUCAGAUGGGGAAUGUAGUCAAAGCCUAACAGAAGCCCCGUGGUCAAACUAAAUCCUAUAGGACGUGGCCAAGUCUCUUUAAAAGUUCACACUUCUAAAGCAGGAGGUUGCAGUUCAGCGUUGGUACCAUGCGACAUCCCCAUUGCGCUUAUCCUCCUGGGUCGGUGUCUGUGCCUUCCAGGCAGGCUGCACACACUCAGCCUUUCCCACAGGAGCAUUUUGGUGAGCCUGCUCAAGCAAUGAGGUGUCUGUUUCUGUUGGUUAACCUUGGCAGACUGCACAUCCCACAGUUCUCCUUCAAACCACCUUUGUCUUGGGACAAAGAUGGAAGGAGACCUGCUGAGAUUGUGUCUCCCAGGGCUGUAACUUCCCCUCUGAAGGACAGACCUUCCCUAUAACCACUGCUAAGUUCUUUCAUUGCCCGUGUUGCUGUUCUUUGCCUGCUAUGUGCUCCAAGGCAUUCCCCAACCCCACAACCCUGCAACCGCCCUCCACCCUUUUCAUUGUGUGACGUGCACCUGCUUCCACCAUAACCCCUUAAGGUCCCUGGGAGGGAACUACUCAUUUGCACAUGUGAGGGAGGGAAGUGAAUUUAAAUGUGAACUAGGCCAGUGCUUCCUCCAAAUACAGACAGAAGCUCAAGCCAAGUGUUUUUCCCUGCUCACAGAGGAGCUGGUUGCACAAAUAGCUGGUUUGGCACGACAGUACAGGACCAUAAAAUGGCAAUUUUUUGGCUUCUCCUCUCUAUGCUUUGUGUUCAUAUAUUUUAUUAGGGGAUUAAAGUAGAAGGGGUGGGGAAAAGUAGUUACCUGUGUAGGGUCAUUAUCAGGAAGGCUGAAUGGAUUAAGGCAAUGCACGUGUGGCUAUCAUAGAAAACUGACCACUAACCCUUCUGAACUGCAGCCCCGUAAUCAGGUUAUGACCAUGGGGCAUGUUUGUUGGCUCAUUACAGAUUAUGAUGGACAGCCCAGCAGUGUGUGUUAGCAGCAGAUUGGCUUGGCUCUCCCUGUCUGGUCUUGUGUUCAGACCUUUGUUUUGGCCAGGUUUUCCUUGUGUCCUCACUGGAGGUUGUGGGGGCUUCCCAGGAAGGAGUUGGUUGUUGGUACAUGGUUGUUCUGGUGCUGCUCUCCUUAUACCAGCAGUGUAUCUACUGCCUGGAGAAGGCAAAAGCAAACAGCACAGCCCUUGACUCUUUGUUGCAGCAUUAGAAAGCCCUAAAAUCUGCAGAGCUGCUGGGUACUCUCUGAACUGCAGGUUGCUUGCAAGAAAGCAAAUCAUUCCUUGUUCCAGUCUUUGCACCAAACCAUACAGUCUUCUCAGGCUUUAUUUUCAGUCUGAAGUGUACAGAAUACCAGGGGGAGCAGCGCCGUGGAGUAUGAAAAACUGCAUUACUGCCCAUCUAAAUUACCACGCAAAUAGGAUAGCUUCCUUAUAGUGAUGCUGGCACCUCUAACAAAGGAAUUUGCAUUUGGUGCCUCCUAAAGCCAGAUUGGCUUUUGGGGCUAGGAUUUUAAGUAAUUUUAGUCACCAAAUUAUCUGAGUUUGGGCAAAUCAUUUCCUCUUAUCAGAUGUUAGUUUAGCCCUUUCAUGUGAGCUGGCUUUGGACUGCAAGGUCUCAGCACUCCCUUCUUGUCUCUCCAGACAGUCUGCAAACCCCCCAUUUCCAGAUGUCCAUGUGAGGGGAAGUAUCCCCCCGGAGUCGAGGAAGGGUCCUAGAUAGCAUGGUCUAGUCUGCUUUUCCUGUGGUUGUAUAAAUAACCUUUGGCUGAAGGAAGGCUGAUGUCCAGGUGACCAUCCCGGAGGCUCAUUUGAUGUCCUAUCAGACAUAUUUUGAAGCCGACCUUUGGAAGAGCCACUGGAUCAUACCUGAUGUUGCUGCACGUCUACCCCCAAUGCGUAUAUUUGGCUGUCAGGUCUACUCUGCUCUUCUGGCCAUUGUGCCUGCAGGUGCCUUGCGAUUGCAAAAGCAGGCAGCCAAGCCUGCUGCACAGACUUCAUAAGGGGCUUGAGGGUGCUGUGCCCACCCACAGACAGGACAGACUCAACUGCUUCUGGUUUGGCUCUCCAUCUCCUUUCCCAAAAGGAGACAGCUGAUCUGCUCAGCUGUGUGCUGGCUGACACAUUGAUCUGAGAUCCUGAGCCCAAACCUUCCCUCUCCAUGCAGAGUCUGUCCUCAGGCCGGCCUGCAAGCUGUACAACGGCGUACAGGAAGCUUGAAAAGUACAGCACCCUGUAUGUGACUCAACAGAAAUAUGAAGAUGCUUUUGAAGGAAGGAAAGACCCAGCUGGGCACCAGAUGGAACAAGAGAAGAAAAACAAGCAAUAACUGGAAAGGUUGCCAAGUGCUGCCUUGGCCUAGGGCAGAUUCCAGUUGUCCAAGCUAAUCUAUCUCAGUGCAGUGCUGAUACCAAGCAAAGCUUGCUUUCAGAUGCAUACACCAGAAACAUUGUGUCCCUGAGCUAGCACUGCAGCCAAAUACUUCUGCAGAGAGUCUGCUGGACCAUCAGCGCGCAGAAAUGAGAUCUGGGGUCCCUUGCUGCUUUUGGCACGUGUGUUUGCUCCAACCCCAGGCAGGUCGUGUCCCCUCUUGACAUCCAUUCACUUCUGCAGUGCAGGGGAGAAACCUGCCUUCCCCGGCCACUACCACCCCGCAUGGAUCUUUUCAAGUAUGUGGCAGGCACCAUUGAUAGGACAGCUCUGCAAGCAAGGUGCAAAAAGCAAGUUAUAAAAGUUUUACACGUAUUUUCAAAGUUCUGCAGAGAAUAGCAACACAACUCUCCUUUCCCUCUGUUUACCAGCGUCCAGUGUUGCUUGCAUGUGCCAGAAGGCUGCAGGGUGAGCUUAGUAUAGAGAUCAAACAGCUUUGGGGGCAGAUGUUUGGCAAGGGGUUGUUUCCCAGUUAUUUGGCUGCUGUCCCGUGCACAGCUGUCUACUUGAUAUGCAGGCUGACACAGGGAAUGUGUAAGAAGAAUUGGUGGUCCAACAGCACCAUCCCCUGCCAGCAGACUUAAGGAAUUCAGGAGUGCAAGUGGAUUUCCAGCUCAGACAGUGAAUUUUAAUUGGGUGGAAGAGAUCACUGACGGGCUUAUCUGGGAUAUUCCCAGGGAAGUUUCAUGCUUUUAUAUUUAGCAUGUUUGUAAUGAUCUGAGGCACUUGUGUCUGGGCUCUUCCUUUAUUUUUCCAUUCUUCCUUGACGUACUCACACAGUAUGGCCACUCUUACCUAGAACAGAACAGGCUUUGUCACCUGGCUGCUCAGCGAGCACAGGCUGCAUGUGCCAGCCUGAACAUACCCUGGCUUUGGCCUCUGGCACCCUUCAGAGCUGACUCUUCACAACUCACUUCUCUUUCUAGUUCUCAUGUCUCGAAAACAUCUGCAGAGAUGGGCAGAGUGCUACAGGGGAAGCUGGACUAGGCUGAGCCUGAGGGGCAGGCACGGGAAUGUCUUAAUUUUAAGGUGCUUUUCACCUCAAGGAGGACAAGGCGUCCUUGUCACUUCUUGUCGAGGCCUUCUUGUGCAAGAGGCUGCCCCAGACCUUGAACUGCACCUCACCAGACGAACGUGCCUGUUACAGAGCCACGCAAACCCUGAAGCAGAAGGGCAAGAGGCUUAGAGGAAGAGAUUGGGACCUGGGAUUACACACAGAGGGUUGAUGGCAGACUAACCACGUGCAGGUUUCUCCGUGGGGCUGGCAUCCCAAUUUUCACUCCGUGUGUUGUGCAGCUGAGCUGUUGCAUCUCCUCCCAAAAAUUACAACUACGUCCCCUCCUUCAUCCCCCUUGACACCAGUGGCAGUCCCAGGAUCACAGCAGCCUGGCUGAGCACUCCUCCGACAGCUUGCUUGGAAGGCAAGGGCCAGGGGCUAAUGGAGAUGACAUGGAUCAGAGCACCGUGGCCCAUGCAAGCAUUCAGGAAGCCACGGCACGGAGCAGGACAUCGCUGACUUUCCCUGGCGUCUGUGGCGAGCAGCUCUUCCCAUUGCUUCCCAGACCCACUUGCCAGCAGAAACUGGUGGUGGGUCUGAGGCUUUCUUUUUCUGUAAAAAGCUGCUUCAGCAAAAGAUGGAUUUGCUCCUGGAAGGAGCUCGCCUGGCUGAUCGUGCCUGGUCUGCGAGGCAGCCAUUUCCAUAGUAACAAGUGGCGAUAGAGGCGGUGGGAUUACAUCAGGGAGUGAAGGUACAAAAGAAGCCUCAUUUAAAUUUGGCUGUCUCAGGCGUGGCACUGGAAGCCAGCGCAGUAGGCACCAGGAAAAGAAAAGGCCACCGAAAGGCCGUGCUGAGCUAAGUCCUGUUACACACCACGAUGUUUGCCCUCCUGGAGCAGGAUUUCUCCCCAAGCUGCCCAUUCAGCUGUCCCAGGUCAGGUCUCCAGAAAGCACUGCUCUGCCCUGACUGCCUUCUCUUUUCUGCACCAGUUCUAAAAAAGCUGCCACUCCAUUUGUUACUCAUCUUCCUCAAGGCUGCAUGAUCUGGGAAAGGCAAAGUUUAUCGGGAGAUGUGAUACAGACCCACAGGGAGCUGGAAAAUUUGGACAAGGUCUCCUCUUCACAGCAGCUCUUCUGGUUUUUAUCACUUCUGCCUCCUUCCCCAGCUCAGAUUUGUCUGCUCUGUUUCUUUGCAUGGGGAAGCUGGCUGGGAUAGCAGGUAUGUUCGGCUUGUCGGUGACAAACCGAAGGCAAACAUCAGACCAGCAGGAGAUCCAAGAGGUGUGAUGGUGGGUGAGCCACCGAGCCGGACGGGAUUUCUCUUCACCCACCUGAGUGGCCAGGGGAAGGCCGUGGGGCUGAGGGUCACCCAAGCGAGUUUUUUACCCACCAAGCCCAGGUGGGUGCCGUCACCCUUCCAGCAUCAGCACUGUGGGCACACUGGGACCAGAGAUCUCGGUCCAAGACCUGUCUGAGCCUGAGACCCAUGGGGAGGCACAGGUGGAAGUCUGUCGGUGGUCCCCUUCUUGGCUGUGAAACACAUGGGUAGGGCUGUGGUUCUGCAGAGAGAACCAACUCUUGCAGAGGAUGAAGUCUUUGCAGGGGAGAAAUUUCAGGAAGAUAUUUCCCCCCCCCCUCCCUUUUUGCACGUUUUUAACCAUUUUAACCCUUUCCACAGGCAUUACUGAACCUUAAUAAAGAAGGAAAUGAAGCACCAUUAAAUAGCUUUCUAAAGGGUUCUGAAAGCAGGCGCUGCUUGCAUGUGGAGCUGGUCUGUGUCUACCGUGUGACUUCCACACCUCAUGGCACAUCCUGUAACUGAGUCCCCUGGAGUGCUGCGCAGGGACUAGGGUGGGAGAACCAACACUGACCAUCACGUCAAACAUCAGUCCCAAACUAGAGAAGGGUCAGAUAAGGGAAGGGGGGAAAGCAGCAGCAAUGAUAGAAGUAUAACUAGUUGUCACAGGUAAACUUGGGUAUCCGUGUCCAGUGGUUAGUUCUAGAAUCGCAAGCCUUGUUAUAUUGCACACGUCCUCCUUUCACUCCUCUUUUCUCAAAGCAGCCAUCGUCUUUUUCUUUUCUUCCUCCCCUUGAACUUGUGAUGAGCAACAGAGGCAGUUGCACCAGAAUGACUCUCAGCCCAGUUCUGCAUCCCCCUCUCCCACCCAAACCCAAGGCAGUCCGGACAGCUGUUGGCCAUCACAGUUCUUAAUUUUUGGUAACUCCACUUGGAUUUCUUUCCUUUUGUACCAUGGCUUCCUCCACAAGCACCCCAGCAGGGCAGCACAAGAGGCUCUGACCAUGUCCCGGGAAGCUUCUUUGCCCCUGGCAGCACCUUGCAGACUUGCACCUUACUGGGAACGUACUGGGUCGAUGCUGGUGAGAUCUGGCACUGCCAAUCUUGCGUACGUGGCAGCUGAUGGGAAUCCACCGGGAGAAGCUGGCAGGAAGUGGCUACUGCCCUUUUCUUUUCAAUUUUGAGGGAGAGGGGGAUUUUUUUGGCAUUAAGAUUUUUGUCCACCUUCCAGUGGCCAAGUUCUGGGCUGCAUUAAUAAUUGGGGUUGAUUGGCUGUCCGGGCAGGUAUGGAGCUUCACACCAGCUUUGAUAGCAAACAUCACAGCUGCAUCUGCAGCAUGGCUGCAGGCUGGGUUUCUCCUGUGCUGGCAACAAGCAGGCUGCGCUUCCAGCUGGCUCCAGAUAACCUGGCAGGUGGGGGGACAGCCCUCUUCUGAGUCCGGAUCAAGUCCGAACUUCCAUUUCAUGUCCUCAGCUUGAAAGAAACUAAACCCAAACAAAUGCUACCAAGGUCUCCUUCCAUCGCGCAGUACAUGGCGCCCAGGGGAGGGGGUGGCGGGAGGCAUUUGUGGGUCACUGCAAAUGGGAUCCUUCUGGGAUAUAGUUAAUGGAAAUGCCUUUCAGGAGAGACCUCCCAACCUUUCUGUUAAUCUCAAAGCAGGAGAUGAAUUUCUGGCUGUCCUUGCAUAUAGUGAAACAUAGCUGAAACAGCCAAAUGCAAAGUAGAGUUAAAUGUAGGGUUUGACCUGAAUAACCUUUUAAUUAGGAAGAUAAAUUUGUUGUAGCUUGACCUUAGUCCAUGUUAGGAACCUGCUAAUCAUUUGACAUGCAGAGUGUAUUAAUGCUGCACUUAACUUGGCCAUUGGUUUUAUUAUCUGGUUUUGGGAGUUUUUUACUCCUGAAGCAUCAGUCUGCAUCUUGUAUGGAUUCUUUUUCUUUCUUCUUGUUCAGAACAUGUAGCACACUGUUGUACUUCUGUUCCCGUCCGCGUAGAGUAUUGCCUUAAACAGAUCAGUUGUGUUGUGGUUUGUUUUGGGUUUUCUUUUUUUCUACCAUCAGUUUUAUGCAUUAAUUUAUUUUAAAAGUAUGUUUUUUUUGAAAAAAACAUGAAGCGUAUAAUAUUUUUUUUUAACAUUUCCAUUGCAGUAUUUAUCAUUGUUACUGUUUGUGUGUAGUGUAACAAUUAAUGAUAUUAAAAAGCAUACAUAUGAAAA